GACAUGUAAUGUGAGAGGGCAACUGCAUACACACGCCACAGGGGGAAUCCUGCUCCAAGUGCAAAAAAUAGACUUUGUAGUCUUCUUGCAGAGUAAGAAAAAGAGUUUUUCACGAAUCCGAAAGGACUUACUGAUGAGGUCAACCAGCGGAGUUUUAUUUAGGCCUGCAGCUCCUCUGAUGUUCCCCAGCAGCUGUCGUGAACGUGUCUGAGCGCAUGUGUGCGCGCGUCCGGACUUUCCAAUACUUCCCAUCGGACAGCUCUUUCUGAAAAUCACAGUCACCAUGACUCUCCAGUGGACUGCUGUGGCUUUCUUCCUGUAUGUAGAGAUAGCAGUCAACCUCAUCUUGUGUAUCCCCUUCAUAUCAGCACAGAGAUGGCGUUUGAUUUUCAGCUGGAGAAUAUGGAGCUGGUUAUCUCCAUAUUGGAACAAAUGCUUCUUUACCAUGAUCAUGGUCCUUAUUGUUCUUUUCCUUGAUGCUGUCCGUGAGGUGCAGAAGUACUCGGGUCCAGAGCCCAUGCAAGAUGCUAAAGUGAACCCGAAUUUGUACGACCACGUCCACAUGAAGCUGUUCAGGGCCCAGAGGAACCUCUACAUAUGUGGCUUCUCUCUCUUCCUCUGGCUUAUCAUGCGUCGGGUUGUCACCUUACUAAACCAGGCUGCUGUCACUUUGGAGAACAGUGCAGGUCUUCAGGCUCAGAUGGAAAACGCUGUCAAGGCAGCCAAGCAGCACCAGGAGGACAACCAGACACUCAAACAAGCUCUUCUGGAAGAAGAAAAAUCCAUGUCAGCAAAAAACCAGCAGCUGAAGCUGGAGGUUGAAAAGCUGGCAGGUCAACUAAAGGCUGCUGAGGAUGCUGUGCACAAGUCUCAUGCUGAAGUGGAAGCAAUGAGGAGGCAGGCCAAAGGUCUGGCACACGAGUACGACAGACUACUGAGGGAACAUCAUCAGCUGCAGAAUCUUCAGAGCACAGAAGACAAAAAGGAUCAGUAAACACAGAUGUUUUCUGGUGUUUCUGCUCCCUCCAUGGAUACAUUUUCUUAUUAUUAUGGUGGGACUGUGCACCUUUUUUUAAAAAAAAAUAUAUAUGAUAAGACAAAUUGUAUGAUAUUAGGACACAUUGAACAAUAGUGUUUUGUGGGGUAGUAAACUCUGAAUUACUAAAUUCUGUAUUAAGUGUCUUUUGUAUGUUUUUGUAAUAAUAUUUUAAAGUCUCUAAAUGAAUGGGAAACAGUAACUCAGGGGUUCAGGCUUCAAGAAUACUGUUAUUUAAGAACAUUUAAAACCUGAGAAGCACUAAUGCUAAGAUUUUUUUUACUGACUGUACGAUUUUCAUAAUAUAACAGAGCACCCCAAUAUUGUCCUGCAGUUAGCACACAAUGACCAGUUUAUACCUGCCAAAUAGAGGUUAUUUAUCAUCAUUUUCAUGGUAUUAAUGAAUGCUAAAUCACUGCUUUUACAACAAUAAGUGUCUGUCACACAAGUGUGUCACCUCUGCUUGAAUUUACUCUAAACUUUUUAUUCAGACAAAACUGUUUUUUUUUGUUUUGUUUUGUUUUGUUUUUUGACGACAAAUUGAAGGAAAAAUCUGAACCUUUUGACCCCUCCAGCGAGGUUGGAGAUCUUUUUGUUGCCAUGGUUUGGCUCCUUAUUCACAGGGCAUGAGUUGUCUGAUGAGUGAGAAAAUGAUGUCAUAACCUUCACAGCCACCAGAUUUCUACUCAAUUUGACACCUUUGGAAGACUUUGCACCGACAUGUCAGACAGCGCCCUCCACCACUAUCAUCAUAACACCAAAUGAGGGAAUAUCUGGUGGAAGAAUGCUGUUUAUCCCUCCAGUAGAGCUUCAGAGAGGAGCAUUGAAGCGGCCCAACACCUCUCUAAGACACUAUGAUUUUUCCUUCAAUUGGUCACCUAUGUAUUUGUCUUUUAACACCAACUUUCCAGUAGUAGAUCUACCUACCUACCUGCAAUUUGAUAGACUGAUUUUAGAAAUGAAGCUAAACUUGACAUCUUGCAGUAUCAUUUGUUGACUGGUAUAUGGCAAAUGCAUGAGGAUGAAAAAUAAAUAAAUUGUCAUCGUCA